CCUCUACACAUAGUCCUUCUUAGUUCUUGUUGCGUCGCCGCGACGCCUAGAUCAAAGCCGCCCCGGCUCCUUCGACUCCGGCGCCGCGCGCACGCGAGGUCGCUCGCGAGGUCGUCCCUUGUGGUCGACGACGCGAGGCCUGCGCCUCACCGCCCGUCGGCUCUAGUGGUCCGCGAUGAGGUACUCGGCGAAGCGCCGCGUCGGCGCCCUUUCUCUCUUCCGCGUGAGCGCGGUUUUGCUCGCGGCGGUGUCAUCCUUGGCGCCGGCGCCGUUGAAGUCCCGCAGAGCCUUCGGGAUGGGGCCGUGAAAUGUGCUCCGCGAUCGCUUCGGCCGGCAGGGCGGCGAGCAGUCGUGCGGGUGACACUUGUAGCAGAUGAAGUCUCCGGGAGUAGCGUAGGCGUAGCCCACAAACGAGAAGCUCCGACACGACGCACAAAACUUCUUUUUGCACCACGCGCAUGCGACGGUUCCGACACACGCCUCUGCGCACUCCUGGCAGACGGUCGCGUCGCUGCGCCGGGCAACCACCGUCGGUUUCAUCCUCUCGGGCUCGACGCGCGGCACGUAGAAGUCGGGGGCGAGCUCGUGGCCGCACCAGGCGCCCUUGGUGGCGGCACCGCUCAUGACCUCCGCGACGGCGGGCGAGGUGGCCAUGGUUUAUGAGCUUUUGGUGUGAAAACGCGUCCGCCCUUCAGCAGGACUGUUACGGCCGCACAGUGGCGUUUCUUGUCCUCUGACUGCUCGGUGCGGCUAACACGUAACCACUGCGGCCAGUAUUGCAGCGCCAGGCACCGGUGUGCGCGUAUGGCAGCAAGCGCGACGCGUCCUCCCAAGAC